AGAGAGAGAGAGAGAGAGAGAGAGAGAGAGAGAGAAAAAGAAAGAAAGAGGUAUAGCGCUCGCUGUGUUGUCCUGAGGGGCGAGACCAGCAAGGACUAUGGAAAGGUGUACAAUGGAAGGAUGUACAACAUGUCGGUAUAAGUGAAUGACACUGAGAGGUAGAAAGAGAAAGAGUGAGAAAGAAAGAGAGAACGAGAGAGAGAUAAAAAAGGAAAGAGAAAGAAGCCCCGACAAUGAAGGAACACGGCAACAAACAACAUCCGGCGGAACCGGCGGCGAAGACGCUCAAGUCGCUGCUGAAGAAGCCGGGCCAGACCAAGGCGAAGUCGCAGAAGCAUCGCGUGGUGAUCAACGAGAAGCUGAACGAGUUCUUCGCGGCUGACUACAUAAUACUUAUCAAGGAGGAGUGCUGCGCCGAUUACGAGGAGGACUGCGACUGCUGCUACCAGGAGCACGAGUUCAUGCGGCUCGGCAACUGCAAGGAGUGCCGGGCGGAAUUGAACUUACACUUCGGCAUCGGCGUCGGUACCGGUACCGGCAACGGCAACGGCAGAUACGGCGAGAUGGCGAGGAGUGUAGAGCAGACGCUCUGCGAGAACGCCGCGCGGGAUCAUCGUGGCGGCGGCGGCGGCGGUGGGCCCCGCGGAAAGAGUCAGCAGGGUCGCGAGGACACGCAAACGGAGGAGGACGAGGAGGAGGAUGAGGAAGAGGACGAGGAGGAGGUGGACGACGGCGAGGAGGAAGAGGAGGAGGAGGAGGAGGAGCGGGAGGACGAGGAGAAUAACGUCGACGGGAAGGUGGAGAAGGUAGCGUCGGCGGCCACGUCGGUAGAAGGGAAGGACGUGAGGGACGAGCGAGGGAACGUGGACGCGGAGGACGCGGCGAAAGGACGUCAGCCGAAGGAGACCGCGAAUUCCCAGGAGGAGAGCGGAACCGUGGUUCCGUCGUUGGCGGCGCCGCCGCCGCCGCCGCGGCACGAUCAGCAGCAGCAGGAAACGCUCAGCCCGCCGGAGGGUUACAAGGACGUGUGCUCCGACAGCGAGAUCGCCAACGAGACGGAGCAGCGUGGCCGCGCGUCGUCCGCGUCGUCGUGCACGGAGUGCAAUUACUAUCAGCAACAGGCAGCGGAAUGCGAGUCGCAAGCGAAGGAUCGUGGGAAUGAGCAGGAUACGCAGGGCAGCAAGGACACGGCGCACGACGGUCAAAGGAAUUUGCAGGAAAAACUGGAUAAACAGCAUCGGGGGUCUCAUCCCGAUCUGCACCAUCGUUAUCUCGUGGAAACAAUAACGAUGACGACUGUCACGGAGCGACGCAUCGUGCGGGAAAUUAGCGAGGAGGAGCGGAAGGAUUGCUUCGGGCGAUCCGAUGCGGAUAAAGAUAAAAGCGUUUGCGAUGCCCCGAAGGAUAACGGUUUUAACCCGGCGCAUUGUCCCGGGACCGGCGGCGGCGGCCCGAUGUCGAUCGCUCACGAGAACGCGCGGUGUAACGACUCGGACGUCACAGAGGAUCGCGACGGUAACGCAAACGCCAAAAAUUCGACGGGCAACGACAAAAGAGCGGCAACGACGGCGGAAGCGGAACGCAUCAGCGAUCAAACGACGCCGGGCGAGCAGUCGCGCGAGCAGGACGCGAAAGAGCUGUCCCUCGUUUUCAAGCUUGGCAACGUGUCCCUCGCCAGCAACAGCCUGAAGCCAAAUUCCGCGGUGAGACAACUUUUUCCCAACCCGAAGUUUAUCUCGCCGCCGCCGGUGCCGGCCAACAAAGCGAGCUCGUCGACCUGCCCGGAACACACUCAGGACGAAGCGCAGAAGUUUUUGAUUACCGCGGAGAGUUUGCGGCUGUUCGACGCGGUGAAAAAGUCGACGGUCCCCGGUGGCUCCUACGAGUCGCCGGAGUGCGAGUCCAGCUCGAUCAAGAGAUCCAUCGAGCGGAACACUCUGCGACGGAGUCUGAUCGGCAAGUACAACACAAUAACGCGAAAGAAGAACCUGCGGCCGAAAAAUCUAUCGCUCGAGGAGCGGAUCAGGCAGCUCACGUGCGUGGAUCAGGACGACGAGAACCUGGACACGACCGACAGUUCGGACAACACAAAUUCCGCGAGCGACAAAUACGGCGCCGGCGGGGAUCUCUCGAUACGAACGUCGCCGUUGGGCGAGGAACGGCCUAUGUGCGAGUCGCUGCCGGCGAGCGUAGCCUCGACGGAAACCACUGCCAUGUUAACAAUGGUGACGACGAGAUCGAACUCCUUGACGGCGGCGGCGACGACAACGACGACGGCGGCGGCGGCAGCGGCAGCGAUGGCGACGUCGGCGAGUGCCAUAAACACGCACGGACACAAUACGAUGGGAAUGCCGAUGUUGGUGACGGACAAUCCGCCGAAUCAAUCCACCUACAGAAAGAUCACGGACCUGUUCGCGCAUAAGAAAAACAUCCAACCGAAUCUACCCGAUCUCGGGAUUGGCCCGGGUGGGAGAAACCUCCUCGCCAAGGAAUGUCAGUCCAAAAAUUCGCUGACGAAGAUGAACUCGGAUGUGCGAAGGCAAUUGUUGGCGAGUCUGGCACCGCUGUCUUGCGUCACUGUCAACAAUUCUGACGCUCAAGACGACUAUUACCGAAACAACUCCAGAAUGUUAACGUCCUCGAACCGCGAAUCGAUAAACUACAACUCGGAUUCGUCGUACAGCUUAGAAGACAUAGAAGCGGCUCUGAAUGGCGAGGACAGAAAGUAUGCCGGUCAACCGGAUGUGACGAGAUGUACGCCGAUAGGUAGCAGACCCGACAUUGGGGAUAAUACCGCCGACGAGUUGCUCGCGUUCGUCGAGCAGGACAAGUCGAGGAUGGAGCGAAUAAAACGCCGCUACAACGAGCCGGAGGACCGUUACUCUUUCAUUAACGGCUACCAUUCCGAGGACAAGGCCGUGAAUACGUCGUCUGAGAAUUACGACGGCAAGGGUGUUAAGAAUCACGACGGCAGGGAUGCGCAGGCGGAUAACGAGGAGGAAGAAGACGACGACGAGCUCAACGAUUACGGGUUCAACCGGCGACCGUCGGUGACGGGUAUUAAGCAGCAGUACGAGGCUACCAAUGAGGCCAUCCAUCGGGCGCGGUCUUGCGCCGGUGCGGUCAACAACGACGCGAGAUCCGGCUCGAUAUGGCCGAUAUAUUGCGACGUGAACGGCGACAAGAUCGACGCGAAGUCCCUGUUGCCCGCCGACGGGGCGGACGAGGCGAUUCCCAUACCCGCGGAGGUGUACGGCACGAUGGGGAGCUUUGAGCGGGACACAAAUACGAUCAAUCGCAUAAACACGAUGCAGAAGCAGAUCGACGACAUAUAUCAGACAAUCGCCGAGAGCACGGCGGUAACGGCGAACAUCCAGGGUAUCUCCGAGCACGCGACUUAUCUGGAAAACGCGAUACCGCGGCAGUUCGUCAGAACGCCAUCCGUCGACGGCGCCGCGCAUUUGUAUGCCGAGCACAGAAACGGUCAUCAUUAUUUCCAAGAGCAACAGCAGUUGUCGAGCACGCGCAUGCUGCGUAUCGCGGGUGGCGGUGGCGGUGGCGGUGGCGGCGGGACCGGCGGCGCCGGCGACGAUAUCGCGGGUUCGAUUUACACCAACACCCUGUCGAAGAUGCAGCGUCGCAAUCCGCCGGUGACGAUCGCAAACUAUCACUGCAACGUGUUGCCCGGCGGUGCCGUGCCCGGCGUCAGCACCAAGUGCUACCGCACCAUGUACUUCGUGCCGUACAGCGGCACAUCGGACCCCACGUACCAGAACCUGCAGCGCAUCCUGCCGCCGCACUCCUCCCCGAACUACGCCAGUCACAUCGAGCGAUACCCGUAUCCCCGUCUGAACAAGACCAAUCAGCAACAGGCCUUGUACUAUAACGCGAAUCGUUCCGCCACGUCGCACUCCAAUUUAAAUACAUCGCCACCCAUCCCACCCCCGCCGCCGCCUCCACCACCCCUCGCAUCUGUCUCCAGCCCGAAUUCCAUGCAGAGCGCUCAGCAGGCUUUGCACCUACACAUACAUCCCCAUCAGACUGAGGAUUUCCGGUCGCCCAACAUCGCGUUCUCACCCGUGCCUCACUCGGCGGUGCAUCCCAUGCAAUUUCACCAUCACCAGCAUCAGCAUCAACAUCAGCACCAGCAUCAGCAUCAUCACGGCGAGAUUGCGUCGUACCGCGUGCCCAUGGCGACGCAGCAGUCGCCACCCUCGUACACGGUGAUCGCGCCCUCGAGAUGCAUCCCGGCGAGUAACCAGGACGGCUAUCCGCUGUACCCGGCGCAUCUGGCACGCGGCGCCGUUACCGCCGGUACCACCGCGGCCGCCGCCGCCGCCGCUGUCGCCGUCGCCGCAGAUAUGCAAACGCAAACAAUCGCCAUCGCGGCUGCCUCGUCGUUUUCGUCCUCAUCAUCCUCGUCGUCUUCCUCGUCCUCGUCGUCCUCGUCGUCGUCCUCGGCGUCAGCAUCCGCCCUGUCGUCUUCGUCCUCGUCCACCUCGGCCGCCGCCGCCACCGCUUCCCUAAAAUGCACCGGAAUCAUGACUAACAGCAACAAGAGCUGUGAGCCGUCCUACGGUGGCAACAACGUGCAAUCCGCGUCGGGAAACGUCACUCCGCUCGCGUGUCCGGCAUCCUCGGCGUCAGCGGCGCCGGCGACGGCCAUCGUUGGAUCUGCGGCGACGGUGAUGCAACUACCGCGCGCCAUCAACACGUGCGCGGUGACGGAACGCGGGGUUCCCGAGGGUGCCGCCAGCAUGCCCGCCCGGGACUUCUCACAACCGACUCUCGUCCCUGCGAACUCGACGCCGCACGUCCUGUUGAUGUCCAACUCUUACGUCGAUCCCAAUACCAAUCUCAUGUCUGCUCCGGCCAAUGCCUCAAACACGGUGUACUACGCCAUGAACGUCUGAAGGGACAUGUAGAGACACGUCAUGAGGAACAACAUAGAGCUGCGAGAAACGUCCGAAAAGCACCUAGACAAACCUUGCAUGGGUGUAGAACAUCUUUACGAUGUCUUGCGGAUGUUGCGUUCCCCGGGAAGUAACUCUUUCACUAUAUGUCUCGAGUGAUUUUGACGCGAAUCGUAAGUAAUUAACAAAGGCACGCGAUGGAAAGACUCGCUACUCGCUGUCUUUUCCAUCUGUUGAUCGUACAUAUAUGACAGAAAUUACUCAUUUUU